AUGUCUGUAAACCUUCGACAAAGACGUGUCGAGUCUGAAGGGGCUUCAGAAAAGCUCUCUGAUGUUGACUUUGAUGAUUCUAAAAAGUACGGAAAGGAUUCUACACCUAGCCAGCGUUGUCCCCAAGGUCAUUAUGCUGCUUUUGGUAUCCUUUUAGUGAUUGCUACCUUUGUUACAUUUUACAAGAUUUGGAAUCCAGCAGAAGUCGUGUUUGAUGAAGUUCAUUUUGGAAAGUUUGCUGGCUAUUACUUGAAGAGAACAUACUAUUUUGAUGUGCAUCCUCCAUUGGCAAAACUGAUGAUUGCAGGUGCUGGUUACCUAUUAGGAUUUGAUGGUCAAUACGAUUUUGCAAACAUUGGUGACAGUUACAUUGAUCACCAAGUGCCUUACAUUGGUCUUCGUGCAUUGCCUGCCACACUCAAUGUCAUUUGCGUGGGCCUGAUCUACGGCAUCAUGAAGGAGUCCGGCUACUCAUUGGUUAUUUGCAUCUUGACAACUGCCAUGUACAUUUUUGAUAACGCUAUGGUCACUCAAAACAGACUGAUCUUGUUGGACAGCAUGUUGCUUGUAUUCAUCUUGGCUACCAUUUACAGUUACAUCCAAUUCAGAAAACUGAGACACACUUCCUUCUCUGUAGAGUGGUGGGGUUGGCUCUUGGCAACAGGUGUCUUUAUGGCAUUCACAGUGAGUGUCAAGAUGGUUGGUCUUUUUGUAGUCGCAAUGAUUGGUUUCUCAGUCAUUUAUGACCUGUGGAUGUUGUUGGACAUCAAGCGUGGAUUGACCAUGAAUCAAUUCUUGAAGCACUUUUAUGCUCGUGCUUUCAGUCUCAUUUUUGUUCCUACCGUCAUUUACCUCUUCUGGUUCUAUGUUCAUUUCGCCAUUCUCAAUGAAUCUGGUCCUGGUGAUGCAUUUAUGACCACCCGAUUCCAAGAUACACUCAAGAACAGCCCAUUAAAGAUGUCUGCUUUAGAAAUUCACUAUGGCGACGAAAUCACCAUGAAGCACAAGGAUACCAACUCGUAUCUCCACUCGCAUGACCUUCAUUACCCGUUGAGAUAUGAGGAUGGUCGUGUCAGCAGCAAGGGACAACAAGUGACAGCCGUCAUGGAGCCCAACGAAAACUGCUACUGGCGUAUCAAGCCCACCACUGAAUCAGAGGGCGAUAAACAAGACGAGCCUCGUCUCGUCAAGAAUGGCGACAUCAUUCAGUUAGAGCAUGUGGUGACAGGCACCAACUUGCUUACACACGAUGUCGCUUCACCUUGGAUGCCCACCAAUGAGGAAAUCACUACUGUACCCUUAGACACGAGAUACGAGGAAACCCUGUUCAAGAUUGUGUUUGACGACGACGAUGCUGAAGUAUUCGAGACCCACAUGACAUCCUUCCGUCUUGUGCAUGAGGACACCAAGGUGGCUGUUUGGGUGCACAACAAAAAGUUGCCUGAAUGGGGUUUGGGACAGUUGGAGGUCAAUGGCAACAAGAACUCGCUUGACAAGACCAAUUUCUGGAGCGCCCAAGAGAUCAAGGGCAAGAAUGCUACCGAGAUCAAUGCCAGCAAGAAUGCAAAGGAAUUGGGCCGCAUGCCUUUCAUGAAAAAGUUCUUUGAAUUGCAAGGUCGUAUGUUGUCCCAUAACGCUGGCUUGACUAAACCCCAUCCCUACCAAUCCACUCCCAUUACAUGGCCCUUCAUGAUUCGAGGUGUCUCUUACUGGUCCAAAGAAGACACCCGCUCUCAAAUCUACUUGACCGGCAACUUGUUUGGCUGGUACCUGUCUGUAGGUGGCAUCGCUGUCUUUGCAGGCAUCAUGUUGGCGGAUGUGUUGGCUCGUCGUAGAGGCAUUGAUCCCAUUGAAGAGCCUGUCAGACACCGUGUAUUGCAAAGUGCUGGUUUCUUCUUUGUCGGCUGGGCCUUGCAUUACUUUCCCUUCUUCCUCAUGGGCCGCUCUCUCUUCCUUCAUCAUUACUUGCCUGCUGCUACCAUCAACUAUCUGCUCCUGGGCGCCAUGUAUCAAUUCAUCUUUGUAGACGGCAUUGAUUCCCCUGUGUCCUUCUUGAGCCGCAAGAGCAAACUGACUCGUCAAACUAGCAUGAAGGCGGAGGUGUCAUGGAAAGUGUAUGCUGCUGUUGGCGUUACUCUCCUCUUGCAAAUCGCCAUGUUCAUCUACUUGGCACCAUUGACUUAUGGCACUCCUUUAACCGUAGAGGAGGUUCAAAAUCACCAACUAUUGAACGGAUGGAAACUGCAGUAUGCUAAAUAA